GCAAAGGGUUGCAGCUCCCGAUAUUCUAACGCAUCGAAGGAGCAGCCCAUCGAACAUCGCGAACUCCCCUUGCGACGACCGUGUACACAAUGGCCAGAAAAGGAGUCAGGAGCCUCGGAGAGGCUAUGAGGGGGCUUUCCCUCUCAUCGACGUGCAGGAACGCGAGCCCUGCUACCUCCUUCAUCGGCUCAUCCAGCUUUACGAGAUCAAUGGCCACCGAGGCGCCAUUCCCCGGCAUCACAACCUCCGUCUACAGCACACCUAAGCAGGCGGAGUGGACACCAACCACAUCCGUCCCCGUCACAGUUCACGCCUUCCCGACGCUCGAACCCCAAUCCCUCGAGUCCUACUCGACGAAGCACCUCUACCUCCCCCUCCGCCGCGACCUCCUCCAUCUCGCUGUCGUCUACGAGGGUGAUUCCACCCGCCAGGGUACGGCCAGCACCAAGACCAGAUGGGAGGUUCGCGGCUCGCACAGAAAGCUACACCCGCAAAAGGGAACCGGCCGCGCCCGCGCCGGCACGAAGCAGUCGCCCAUCCGUCGCGGCGGAGGUGUCUCCCACGGCCCCAAGCCGCGCGACUUCAGCACCUCACUCAACCGCAAGGUCUACGACGUCGCCUGGCGCACCGCCCUCAGCUACCGCUACCGCCGCGGCCAGCUCAUCGUCUGCGAGGACGGCAUGGAGCUGCCCCUGCCCCAAGACUUCCUCGCCCUGACCGACGGAGGCUUCGUGGGACCCAAGAUUGCGGAGGAGUACCGCCGCAAGUGGAUGAUGCAGGUCCUUGAGGCCAACCAGUGGGGCAAGGCUCACGGCCGGACGUUGUUCAUCACCAACGGAGACAGGCCGAGGCUGGAGGAGACGAUGGAGACCGUGGGAGACCAGGGCAGGUGCCUCGGUGUUCACGAUGUGGAUGUCAAGGAUCUGUUGGAGGAGGGACGCGUGGUUGUUGAGCGCGCGGCGCUCAACGAGAUGAUCGAGUCGCACCAGAGUGACUUGAUCAGCAAGAUCUUCAUUGGUGGUGCUUUGAAGCGUGGCCCGGCCAUCGGUGGUUCGAUCAUUUCAUGAAGCAUCGAAUGUGCUUUGAAAAGGGGGAAAGGGGAAGAAGAGGAAGAGAAAUCUGUCGAUAUAUGUAACACCAAUCAACGAGGAGAUCUUCAGGUUAGAAGGCGCCUCUCCGGCUUGUAGCAAUAGAAG